CAUAUCCCAUCCCCACACUCGCACACGCCGCCCACGAUGCAGUCGCUCCCCGAUGCACGAUCGCAAAGCUUCGAGGAGCUCUACGGCCCUCCCGAGAACUUUCUGGAGAUCGAGGUCAGAAACCCAAUGACACACGGCGUUGGCCGUGGCAUGUACACAACCUACGAAAUCGUAAUGCGAACCAACAUCCCCGCCUUCAAGCUCAAGUCGUCGACGGUGCGCCGCCGCUACAGUGAGUUCGAGGCUUUCCGCGAUAUCCUCGAGCGCGAGUCGGCGCGCGUCACAAUACCACCGCUGCCGGGCAAGGUCCUCACCAACCGCUUCUCCGACGAUGUGAUUGAGCACCGGCGCGAAGGCCUACAGCGCUUCCUCCAGAUUGUCGUGGGCCACCCGCUGCUGCAGACGGGCAGCAAGGUCUUGGCCGCAUUCGUACAGGAUCCCAACUGGGACAGACACGCAUGGUAGACUGACUGGUCGGAGCACGUCAAGCGCACGACUUAUGACAUGACGGCACACUUAAUAUCAGAUUGUCGCAUUUGCUGCGUUACGGAGCGAUAGGGCGUUUUUUUGUCGAGAUUUCACUUGGGAGGCUUG